AUGUCGGAUGAUGAUUUCAUGCAGGAGUCAGAUGAGGAGUAUGACUUCGAGUAUGACGAUGACGACGAUAACGAGGAUUCUGGCGAUGUAGACAUUGAGAACAAAUACUACAACGCCAAGCAGUUGAAGGUCACAGAUCCCGAGGACGCAAUCAAGGAGUUCCUGGAGGUGCCGGGCCUGGAACAGGAGAAGGGCGAUUGGGGCUUCAAGGGCCUAAAACAGGCUAUCAAGCUAGAGUUCAAGCUGCAGCGUUACGAUGAGGCCAUCAAACACUAUGCGGAACUUCUCACCUACGUCAAGUCUGCUGUCACGCGCAACUACUCCGAGAAGUCCAUCAAUAACAUGCUGGACUACAUCGAGAAGAGCUCCGACGCCAAGGGAGCUGCGCUGUGUAUGGAGAAGUUCUACUCGCUCACCCUCGAGUGCUUUCAGACGACCAACAACGAGAGGCUCUGGCUGAAGACAAACAUCAAGCUCGCCAAGCUCCUACUGGACCGCAGGGAGUACCCAUCAGUCAACAAGAAGCUGAAGGAGCUACACAACGCCUGCAAGCGCGAGGACGGUAGCGAGGACUCUAGCAAAGGCACCUACCUGCUUGAGAUUUACGCCCUUGAGAUCCAGAUGUAUGCAGAGACCAAGAACAACAAACAGCUCAAGCUCCUGUACCAGCGCGCCCUGAAGGUGCGCUCCGCCGUGCCCCACCCCAAGAUCAUGGGUAUCAUCCGGGAGUGCGGCGGCAAGAUGCACAUGAGCGAGGAAAACUGGAAGGAUGCCCAGUCGGACUUUUUCGAGUCUUUUCGGAACUACGACGAGGCAGGAAGCCUGCAGCGCAUCCAGGUCCUCAAGUACCUGCUGCUCACCACCAUGCUGAUGAGGUCCGAUAUCAACCCCUUCGACAGCCAGGAGACGAAGCCGUAUAAGAACGACCCGCGCAUUGCUGCCAUGACGGAUCUGGUGGAUGCCUAUCAGCGAGACGACAUUCACAAGUAUGAGAGCGUCCUCCAAAAGAACCAGGACCUGCUGGCCGAUCCUUUCAUCGCCGAGAACAUCGACGAGGUCACACGCAACAUGCGUACCAAGGCUGUGCUCAAAUUGAUCACCCCAUACACUCGCAUGCGUCUCUCCUGGGUCGCGAAACAGCUGCGCAUCAGCGAGGUUGAGGUGCAGGAUAUCAUGGGCUUCCUUAUCAUUGACGGCAAGAUCAAUGGCAAGAUAGACCAACAGACUGGCGUCUUGGAGAUCAACAGCGACCACGACACCGAGCGCAUCGGCGCCAUUCAGCACCUAUCCGAUGCCCUUGCGGAGCUGUACACCACGGUUUUUAAGGAUGGCGACGGCUUCCGCAACUCAGACACGACCGUUGCCGGUGACGGGUCAGACCUGGGAGGCGGCUUGUUCGAAUCUUCUCUGGGGUCACGUCGCGAGGGAGGUAGCAGGGCUACAGGUCAUUUCCAGAGGGCUCGCAAAGUCCACCACAGGGAAACGUUUGGCGCGGCGUAG